GAUGGCGUAUGUUUAGCAAAUUGCAACAGAUCUUGAUAAAUUUUCUGAAUUAUAACUGCAUCAGCAACUGCCUUUGGAAAAUUUGUAUAUGUACAUGGAAAAUAGUGCAACAUUUUUCUCGAAAGUUAUAUAUAUUAUGUCCUGACAAUGCCAGAAAGGUUGCAUUUUGAGAAAAAAUGUUGAUUUUCACGACGCGUAUGGUGUUUUAUACAUGACAAAAUAGUGUUCGUGAAAUACACGUUUCUGCUUGACGUCAAUUGCUAUUUAAUAAAUGACCACAUUGCCCUGAAGUAAGAUGUCACGUUCCCUCUGACACGAUGGCGGACAAACACGACCCGGUCAAAAACAUUGAGGACAAAACUGUCAACGUUAACGAUACAGAAAUAAAAGAAGCAAAGACUACCAAGGCAAAGGCAAACAGCAAAGCCAACAUGAAACUGAAAGAAACUGAAGAACCUGAAAAUGCCAUCAGCAAUGCUGCUAUCAAAACCAAACAAAUGAAAAAUAUUGAGAAAAUUAAGGAGACUAAUGCAGAACCUAAAGUUGAAGUAGAUAAUGAUAAAACAAUGAGCUCGUCUGAGGCUGAAAGUGGUGUAAGUAACACAGUAGAAGACCAAAAGAACUGUAGUAAUGAGGUUAUAAAUAAUGAGGACCAAGUGAAUGGGCAUAUAGAAGAUGGGGUUGCUAUAGAAACAGGGGCAGAAGAACAGACAGAGGGGGUGCUUGGCCCAAACCCCUCGUUAGAAGACCCAUCUGGUCAGAUUGGCUACUCCCCAAAUAUGACGCAUAUACACAUGAACCACAUGCAUCACCACCAUCAUCAUCUUCAUGGAAACCAGGCACCCGUUGGGCAAGGCCCCGCCCCGGGAAUGCAUUCGCCCCAGGGUGGGGCUCAAAUGGGGGCAUUUGGACCAAAUGGAAGCACCGCCUCCCAGUCUCGUUUCCAUUGCGUUUCUCCCCAAAGUGGCGGCCCUCCUGGUGCAGCUUCUCCCCCAGCUCUUGCUGCCUCACCCCCGGGAUUCAUCUCAUGUUCGACAACUGUAACACCGCCCCAGUCGGGUACCAGCACCCCCAGUCCUAACCAGGCGGCCCAAGGUGGAAAUGGGAAUCAAGGGGCUAGUCAUCAGCAUGUGGUCCAUGUUCAUAUAAACCCUGGCGAGACCAUCACUGUGAAAGUUGAUGACCAGUAUCAGCAAAUACAAGGUCCAGCAACAGUUCGUAUGGUGUCGAGUAAUGGCCCUCCUUUGCCGAUGCCAAUGCAAGUGCCACCUGGUCACAUGGUCCAACAAAUUGUUGACGAAAAUGGCAUUCUCACCCACGUCAUUCUUUCACCCCAGCCACCAGGCAUGAUGCCAACACACAUGCCGGGGGGCCCAAACAGUGGACCAUAUUACCCAGGCAGUUAUGGAGGCCCAUACACAAACCACCCUAGCCAGUACCCCCAUCAAGGGCCUGGCCCCUCCCCGGGGGCACCAGGGAGAGGGCCCCAACACAUGCAUGGCACCCCACCACCUCCGGGCUCCUGUUCCAACCAUAACCCUGUACACACACCUGGGCCAAAUUCACACAUGGAUGAGCGCACAAGCAAGAAGCAGAACCAGCUUCGACAAAAAUGGCGGAUACGACACGAGAAUCGGGAACAUUCGGGCAGGACCCCACCCCGCAGAAAACAGCACAAUAAAGGAACCAAUGGCAUAGAUGUAGAGCCCCAGACCAAUGUUUCAAGCCCGGACCCCGGGCUCACAGACCAGUCAGAAGUGGAGGAAGACAGAAAAGCAAUACGAGCCCAGUUGUCACAGAUGCCGGCGCCCAAGGUCAGUCUUCAUACACGCUGCUCUGUUGAGGUUACAGAUGUGGAAUCUCGCACGGCCCUUAUAAAGUUAUUUCCCCCUGAUUAUGAUAGUGAAAAAUACGAUAUAGACGCAAGUUUCUUCAACUAUGAACUUAUGCUAUGUGAAAAGGGUCGGGAUGGAAAAUACAAAUUGGUGUACAGUGGUGAUGCCUCAGAAAUAACACUUAAAGACCUGCAUCCUGCCACAGAGUACCAUUUAAAAGUGUGUACCCUGCUGGAUGACAUUAAAGGGGACACGACCGAGGCCACCAGCUUCAAGACCAUACCGUGUGAGCCAGACGCACCCCAGCCACCCAAACUGGAAAAAAAAUCAAAAACCUUCAUUAACCUCAAGUGGACAUCGCCUUGUGAGAAUGGCUCCAAGAUCUCUGCGUACGUUUUGGAGUGUGAUGCAGGGGAUGGGAACUUCAUUGAAGUUUUUCGGGGCCAGCAAAAACAGUUCCGAGUUGCAAAACUGACAGCGUCAACAAAGUACACAUUCAGACUUGCAGCAAUAAACAAUUCGGGAAAGAGCGAGUACAGUGAGGCAGUGGUGUACUGCACUAGUGGCUCGGCCCCGUCCCAGCCUGACCCCCCGAUGUUGUCAGAGCCCUACGUCACUGAACUCCUCAUCUCAUGGAUCAAACGACCCAACGAUGACGAGUUCACACUACAGCUAGAUGAUGAAGUCUCUGGCCAUGGGUUCAUCCCAGUGUACAAUGGGCCACUGCUGUCGUACAGAAUCACAAAGCUGAGGCGGAAUAAGGAGUAUAAGUUUAGGCUAUGUGCGAGCAAUGACGAGGGUGCCAGCAAAUGGAGUGAGGUGGUGGCUUACCGGACCCUUCCUGCCCGGCCUGACACCCCCAGCAAGCCCCAACUCAAGGGCAAGAUACACCCACAUGUGUUCAGAAUCACUUGGGAUCCCCCCAAAGAUACUGGUGGUUCAGAGGUGACCAAGUAUUUUGUGGAGCUUGACGAUGGAAAUGGUUAUGAGAGCGUGUUUGAGGGUACAGAGCGGGAACACACGUGUGACCGUCUCACGCCGGGCCAUAAUUACCGUGUCCGUGUGGCUGCGUGCAGUGCCGGAGGCAGGAGUGAGUUCUCUGAAGUGUUGACAGUCGUGACACAAUGUGUUCCCCCUGGCCAGUGUUCAGUGCCCAAACUACAGGGCAAGCCAAAAGCCACCUCCCUACACUUACGAUGGGGGUAUCCAGAAUAUAACGGCGGUGCCCAGGUGACAGAGUUUACGGCCCAGAUGAUCCUCCCUGACAACACGAGCCGCGAGGUGUACAAGGGCCGUGACCUGGACUGCAUCAUCGCUGGUCUCUCCCCAGGAAGACCGUACCUCUUCCAAGUUAGGGCUUUCAACAGAGCGGGGGGUGGACCAUGGUCAGAGCCACUGGAGGUGGUGAGUGGGGCAGGGGUGCCAGACCCCCCAAAGAUGCCCUUGUGUCAAUGCCGCUCCCCCCACAGUGCCCUGAUCUCCUGGGAGGGGCCAGUCAACAAUGGUGCUACUAUCACAGACUACAGGCUCGAGUGGCAACUCAAACCUGAGACUGACUUCACACAGAUAUAUUAUGGUUCCAACACAAAUUUUGAGGUAAAGAGCCUCAGCCCGGCAACUACCUACGUAUUUAGGGUCCAAGCAAUCAACAGUGCGGGGCCGGGCCUGUACAGCCCGGUUGCCACAUGCGUAACACCCGCUAGCAGUCCUUCCGCAGUAGUGUCUAUACGAGCCCACGCCACUGCCACGAGUGUCACGCUGGUCUGGAAGGAGCCGCAUGAUAACGGGAGUGAAAUUACGUCAUACAAUAUUGAUAUGGGUGGAGACAAACAGCCAAUACCAGUCAGUGCUGUCACAGAGUACCAGAUAGAGGAACUCAUCCCAGAAUCUACGUACAAGGUGCGUAUCCAGGCAGUGAAUGGUAUCGGUGUAGGUGCUUUCAGCUCGGUGGUGAAAUUCUCUACACGGGCUCUGCCGCCCCGCCCCCCGAGGCUCGAAUGCUGCGGCUCUGCCCAUAACAGCCUCAAACUGAAAUGGGGAGAGGGCCGCAACACGGAUCUCAUCACAUACACCCUGGAGAUGGAUAGGGAGGAUGGCAAUUUCAUUGAGGUAUACAAGGGCCAGGCCUUAAACACAAAGGUGAACAGAUUGUCAGAGAUGACUUCAUAUGAUUUCCGGAUCUACGCAAGCAAUGAUGCUGGAAGCGGGCCAUAUUCAGAGACUUACACAUUCUCCACAACUAAAGCCCCGCCACCAGCUCUUAAAGCUCCGAAGGUUGAGAACAUCAUGCUGACAAGCUGUGUGGUAGAGUGGCAGACGUGUCGGGCGAUGGGCGGAGACUCUGUCACCUAUGUGCUUCAACUACAGAGCAAGGAACACGAGUAUAAACAGAUAUAUCGCGGCCCUGAGACGAGUUUCACCAUUGAGAACUUGCAGUGCAAGUCAGACUAUCAUGUUCGUGUGUGUGCAAUCAGACUGUGCGAAGACGAAACAGAAAUACAUGGGGCGUUCAGCCCAGGAAUGAUCUUCUCCACGCUAAGCCCAGAGCCCUUGAAGCCCAUACUUUCACAAGUCAAUGUACCCAAGGUGCCCGAAUCUAAGAAAUUGACUGACCAACACCUGGCCGCCAUUUUCUUGUGUGUGUUUUUCGUCGUGGCCAUGUUGAUAGCAUUCAUCGUCUCACAGUUUUUCCCCGGAUCUAGUGGCCACGACGAGGUAUGACCAAGGGAGCUGCCAACUGAUGUGGGAAUUGUUCUCACCAUUUGAUUUACAAUUGAUCACCAAACCUGUGUUUCAUGUAUUUUACACGGAGUUUUGUUUCCUCAUUGGAAGAUGGAGGAUAUGAUCAUGUGACAGUUUUACUUCUACAGUGAUGGAGUCUUAUUUCAGUGUUUUAAGAUGCAUUGCUUUUAAACAUUGUGAAUAUAUUUUGUUUUGCAGGGGGUGGGUAAAGUGACAUAGUUGUGAUUUCUCUAUAUUUCUGUGUUCCUUUUACAUCUUGUUUGACCAUUUUUGACCUGAUUAAAGCACAGUGCAGGCACUGGUGAUAUACAGUAUUGUUUUAGAUGCAUUGAUACAUUAUGAUAGUGCUAUCAUGACUGUUAUUAAUGGCCUCAGACUUCAACAGUCAAUGCAGUGUUUUAAAUUGAAGAAAAGACUUACAAAUGAUACCUGUGUAUAAAAAACAAUUGAUACAUGUGUAUAAUAAGUGAGUGGUUGAUGCAAGAGGAAUAUAUUGACCUGUUUUAGGUGGUAUUUCCCAGUUCUGAUAAUAUCACUCUAGAUGGAUAAACAAUAUAACGGAUAUAACACCAGACAUAGGCUAUCAUUUUAAACGGACAGCUAAGAGCGUUUUACAAUGCAAUUAUUCUAUAGACAAGCACAUGUGUAUAUAUGAUAAAGAAAUGGCCUUUUGAUAAUAUGUUGAGGGAAUCUUUGUGUACUGCAUAUUUUUAGUGCAGAAAAUGUCAAGAAAACACUGAUAUUGAAUGGGUAUUUAUGUACCGAAAUUGUCUGAACAAGAGCAAGUCAGCGUGAUCGUCUCAAAUUGUCUGAACAAGAGCAAGUCAGCGUGAUCGUCUCAAAUUGUCUGAACAAGAGCAAGUCAGCGUGAUCGUCUCAAAUUGUCUGAACAAGAGCAAGUCAGCGUGAUCGUCUCAAAUUUUCUGAGAAUCUUAAAGAUCCAUUUCAAAAGCGUGAAAUGUUUUUAAAUGGCAAUAAGUGCACAUCUAACAAUACAUUUUAUGAUGAAAUACAUGAAUAUGAAAGUAGUAUCUUUCUUAACAUGAGCUAGCUUGUAUAGUAAGUUUGACUCCUGUGGGCUAAGCUGAUCAAUGUCAGCAAUGGUAUGCAUAUUAGAUAUUGGUUUUGAAAUACGAAUGUUCACAACAUGUCAUUGUCUGACUUCAAUGAUGGUUGAUUGAAGAACUUUUUCAAAGAAGAUUUUUGACAAAUUUUAAACUCUGUGCAAAACAUGGUGGGGAUUUAUGUCUAGAUGUUGAUAUAGUUUCAAGCAUAACUAGGGGUUAGGCUUACUGUAGAUGAAUGGUAGAAACUAGAAUCUUAACAAGGAUUAUGAAUUUUAAUCCAAUAAUAGAACAGCUUGCCAUGGUUGUGCACUGGACUUGUGAAGCUGACUUGUUGUAGCUAUUUCAUUUGUUCUUGUUAAUAGAAUAUUUUUUUGUUAAACUUUUGGUUUAUAAAUCAUUUCUUCUUGUUUUCUGUAAAAAUGUAACUAUACCGAAUUAGAAUUUAUAUGAAUAUGAUGUUUAGUAAUUUUUGGUAGGUAAAUAUCUACCAUUUUCCUAACACUAUUGCUGGAUUUGUUGCCUUGUUUGUUGAGUCUAGCUUUGAGGAAAAAAUCACUUAAAUAUAUGUAUAUAAUAAGGUGACUUAAGUUACUUGUACUGAUUUGAAAUGAAGUUGUCUCAGAUUUUAAGAGCAAAUGUAUGACUCAACAAACAAUAUGUGCACAUUUCAUACACUUGAAAGUAAAAUAACCAUAUUGGAAAAUGCAUAAAAGUGAAUAUAAUACGAGAAUAAUCAUAUUUCUUUUUAAGUUUUAGCUUUUUCUUGCCUGUGAUUUUGUGGUGAUAAUCCUUGAAUAAAUUAUGUAAAUUGAGUGCAAUGUCAGAAGGUAUACUUUCUAUUUAUUUUAUUCUUUUAUUUCAACGUUUACACUAUUUAAGGUAUAGGAACUUUAUUAUUUUGGACUUUUUAUUUCACAGGUGUUGGCUUUCAGAUUUCUGAGCUUAUUUUUUAUUGUUAAUGACACAUGAAGCACAUCUGUGCAAAAUGAAAAACCAAUCCAUCUGAAAAAUCACUCGCUUUACUAAAUGUUUAUAAGUCACUAGAAAUGCGAUGAACAACUCAAACAUAUGCCUGAGGUCAAGCAUUUUAUCAAUCAGCUGUCAAUUAAUAAAAUUAUUUAUGGAGCGACAUUUUACACAUUUCAAUUUUUAUGGUCUUAAUUUGCAUAAAAAGUCCAUUGGGAAUUUAUAGCAUAAAUAAACAAAUGUGAACUGUAGUUCACUUUUUUAUGUGCAAAAUACAAGACAUAAUAUUGAGUCUUCUAUGACUAUUACACUGAAUCUAAACUUUCUGCUUCCGACUAUGUCAUGUGAACAAUGUAUUUUAGAAAAUAUUUAAAAAAUAAUAAUCAUUAUCUUUUUAAAUAACAGGAUCAUUAUCUUUAAGAGCAAUAUCAUGAUCAUAAUCUUUAAAAAAAAAACAUGAUCAUUAUCUAUUUAAAAAACAGAAACAUGAUCAUUAUCUAUUUAAAAAAAAGAAAGAAACAUGAUCAUUAUCUAUUUAAAAAAACAACAUAAUCAUUAUCUUUUCCAAAAAAAAACCCCACAUGAUCAUUAUAUUUUUAUUUCAUUGUAAGAGAAGGAAUGGUGACGGCCUUUAAUUACAAAUUGUUUAUUUCACAUUGAGUCCAUCCCAAGAUGGAUGGUUGUAUUUACAUGAAAUUUCGAGUGCCAGUGAAAAGUAUUUAUUUUUGUAUAUAUUGCAAUGGCUAUGGCAUUUUCUUUUCUCGUUGUUGAGAAAAUGAUAUAUUAUUUGUUGUAUUGCAUGGACCAGAAAACAUUUCAAGAUCUGACAUAAACAUAUUGGUGGUUCCCAGUCUCUGUAUUAAUUUGUUGUGACUGAGAAUUUACUUGUUAUUACAUACAUUUGUUAUUUGACACUCACCUUAAUUCACUGUUUUUAUCUUAUAUAUUAUAAUUCAUUUUCAUGUUGUUUUUGAUGAUAUUUUUACAUAAAAACCUUGUAAAGUGUUUUCAUUGUUAUUUGAUUUUCAAGGUAAUGCUUAUUAUAAAGAAACCAGUGUUCACAUGUUUGUAUAAACCAGUGUUCGCACAUUUGUAUAAACAAGUGUUCACAUGAAUGUAUAAACCAGUGUUCACAUGUUUGUAUAAACCAGUGUUCACACGUUUGUAUAAACCAGGGUUCACACGUUUGUAUAAACCAGGGUUCACACGUUUGUAUAAACCAGUGUUCACAUGUUUGUAUAAACCAGUGUUCACAUGUUUGUAUAAACCAGUGUUCACAUGUUUGUAUAAACCAGUGUUCACAUGUUUGUAUAAACCAGUGUUCACACGUUUGUAUAAACCAGUGUUCACACGUUUGUAUAAACCAGGGUUCACAUGUUUGUAUAAACCAGUGUUCACAUGUUUGUAUAAACCAGUGUUCACAUGUUUGUAUAAACCAGUGUUCACAUGUUUGUAUAAACAAGUGUUCACAUGAAUGUAUAAACCAGUGUUCACACGUUUGUAUAAACCAGUGUUCACACGUUUGUAUAAACCAGUGUUCACACGUUUGUAUAAACCAUGUUUGUGUCAGGUGUUGUGCAUUGUAUGAAUGUUUGAAGUUCUAAAAUUGAAAAUUAGGCAAUGUUUGUUUUAUUCUGCAAAAUGAACUCUUCUGUUUCUUUUGUGACACUUGAUAUUUUACUGAAAUUUGUGAGCUUACAAUAUUUUGUCAUUCUCUCACUGAAAAGAUGGCCCCAAAGUUCACAAACAUAAUGAGCAGUGGAUGUACACUACAACCUGAGAAGCAUAUAAUUCCUGAAACAAUGUACUUGAUAUAAUACCCAACUCUUGAUCAUCAUCAACAACAUUUAAUGAGGGAUAUAAAUAUCAUGGGAAAUAGUCUAUGGUACUAAGGUACUGGCUGAUGUUGAAAAAGCUGCCAUGUCUCUUAGUUAUUUAUCAUCUGACAAUAUGAUAUCAAGUUAAGCUGAUUUGUCAAAGAAAUAAAUUCAGGCUAUUGUGAUAGCCUAGGUGUGGUUCAAGGUGGUGGCAUUGUGCAAAACCUUUAUACUUGGCAAUUACUCAUUAACCAAUUAAGACAUUUAAAUGGAACUUGGUACACAUGAUGCCAGAGAGAGAAUACCCACAUAAACAGGAAAGCGCAUAACUCUGGCAUUACUAAUGAUUUAGUUAUGGUCUUUGUUAGAUCAAAGGCUAAGAACCGACACUCCAACAAGGGUUGUUCUUGUUUGAAUAAGCUAUUGAAAGAAUAUUACAAGGGAAUGAUUUCAUAUAAGCACAGUAGCAUGAAUGAUAUAUUUCAUACAAUACACAACAUUUGUUAUUGUUGAUUUAGCUCGCAUAAUCAAACCAAUACAUUUAUUUAUGUAAUGAUGUACUUCUGUUGUACAAUUAAAUCUUUAGCCCUUGUGUUGUGUCCAAAACCAGAACCAUUUAAACUACAGUUAGUACCAAGUCAUUUUUUUCAGUUUAUUUUAUAUUAGUUGGCCUAAAAUUUAAAGAAACAGGCCCCAAUUUCUUAUGAAGUCAUAAUCAUUACAUGCCUUCAAAUCUGAUUUAAAUGAGAUAAAUGACUUAAUUAAAUUUUCAGUUAACAAUUUUUACAAAAGUUUAUCACGAUUGUUCUCAAAAUAUUUUCCUUUACACUCAUAACUCUUUAAAAGGAAAAUGUUUCUUAAUUUAGACCCAAAAUUAGAUAAGGCAGUGAACUUAGCUUGAUCCUGUUAUAAUGGAAUUAAGAUAUCUUUUAAGAAAUUGGGACCAGGCUGUAUAUUGAACCAUGGUGUGGGUGUAGUUUGCUGUAGGUUUUUCAUUUUAAAAGUCAAACUGUCUCUAUGAAGUCACCAGCAAUCGGCACAUUUCAGUUUUAUGUUAUAUCAUGGAAGGCCAUACUGUUUUUAUGAGAUAUGGUUUAUGUAUAAGUUUAAUAAUUCUUUGGAAAAAAUACACAUGCUUGCAUGGUGCUUUGCUGAGAAGAGAUGUGUACAUAAUUACAAUGGUACAACAUGCAGCCGUGUUUAGUGAACCACUUGUUUGCUCUCUGUUUCUAAGCGGAGAAAACUGUGUGUGACCAGUUUUAUUGCUAAAAAAAAAAAAAGGAGGAGUCAGUUUUUAACUUGUAUACUAUUUUUUUGUAUUUAUCACUAGAAAUAGAUAUGUUUUUUCCUUUUUAUGUAGAAUUAAACAUUAGUUUUCUGCAAGUUAUUUUUUAAUUACAAAGGAAUCAAGUUUAUUUAUAGAGUAAUUUAAAACCAACAUAAUUUAUACACACAUGUUCAAACAUGCGGAUGUCUUCAGACGACCAACUGUAUAAAGUGAUUUAUUCUUUUGGGGUUAAAGUUAACUAAUAUAAAACACACACCCUGCAAUCCAGCUCUCACCGACUGCGUGAAAACAUGGUUAAAAAAACACUUUGCUUUCCAGCUGUGGUCAAUUGUAUAAAUACAUUGAAUUUCAGAAUUAUUAAUAAUAAUUACCGGACAAUACUAUAUCAAAAGAAAAAGACAGAGGACACAAUUUCUUUGAUGUUGUAAUAUUAGCUGCUGGUAAAUGUUGACCAUUUCUUCACCUCCCUGUCCUCUCGUUUGUCUCCGUCUUCUAGCUUACCCUCAUGUGAUAUUCUCUUCAUAAUGUCAUAAGCAAUGCCCUACCAUUGUAAUUGUUAUAUAUGCUAUGUGGCAUGCAAAUACAUAUAUUAUACAUAAAUAACAAAAAAAUAUAUUAUAUAUAUAUAUGAAUUGUAUAAAGUUGUAAUUUACUCUUUAUUUUUCUGUGAGUAAACUGUGUAUGGUAUAUAUCCGAGUAUUGCUAGUCAACUAUUACUAUUCUACAUUAUUUUCUGUAUGACUUAUGAUGCAUUUGAAUCCAAUGUCACCUGUUGCUAGUUGUUUAAAAUAAGCAUUAUGUCAAUAUCAACUAGGUUAACUUUGAAACAUUAUUAAACCUCAUUUAAAACUUAACAUACAACUUGCUGGUUGCAAAUGUCAAUGUUUUGUUCAUAGUCAGUAAUCAAGUUUGCUUUUUCAGACCAAAAUCAUGACAAAUAUACAUGUACAUUUAUAUAUUGUGGAAUUAUUAAGACAGAUAUUAUGUUGAUAUUCAUUGGCUGCAAAUGUGUUUAAGCCAUUAAAAUGUGCUUGAAAUGUUUCUUCUAUUUCACUGGUGUUUUAUUCACUGUUAAAAGAGAAUGCCUGUGUUCAGUGACAGUCUAUUUCAGUCUGUGGGAUAUCUUGCAAAAUAAAUGCAUGAAGAUAAAA